CGGAAGGAAAGAAAGAAGGAAGGAAGGAAGCUCCGCUCUCUCCUUGGUGGCCUAGAAGACGUUGCCUUCCCACCACUUGCACCAUGUUGACGUUGAAGCUGCCCCGGCUGCUCAGCAUCCAUCAAGUUCCCAAAGUCUUCCGGGAGAAGGGCAUCCUGUUUGGGUACCGGCACCCGAAGAGUUCGGCCAGGGACUGCCUCUUGAGCGUCUUCCAAAUGACCAACGAGACCAUGAACAUCUGGACGCACUUCCUGCCUUCCUGGUUCUUCCUCUGGAAGCUGCUGGGCUUCCUCUUGAGCCGGGAGGUCCGGGCUGACGGCUACGCCUGGCCCUUCCUGGCCUACCUGGCCACCUGCUGCGCCUACCCCUUGGCCUCCAGCCUGGCCCACACCUUCAGCACCAUGUCCCUCCGCGCCCGGCACGUCUGCUACUUCUGCGACUACGCCGCCCUCGCGCUCUACAGCCUCGGCUCCGCCGUGGCUUAUUCCGCCUACGUUUUCCCCCACGAAUGGGUCGGCGGCACCUUCCACCGCUACUACCUCCCCAUUGCGGUGCUCAACACCGUCUUCAGCACAAGCCUCGCCUGCUACUCCAGGUUGGCGGAAGCAGAGCGGCCGAAACUGGGCAAAGGGAUGCGCGUGUUGGCCUUUGCCUAUCCGUACCUCUUUGACAGCAUCCCGCUCUUCUACCGGCUGUCCUGGUGCCAAGGCGGCGUGAUUCGCACCCACGGCUGGCACACGGUCCUGGCCGGGCUCACCUGCUUCCUUUUCGCCACCCACCUGCCGGAGCGCCUUGCGCCGGGGCUCUUCGACUACGUAGGGCACAGCCACCAGCUCUUCCACAUCUGUGGGGUCGUGGGCACCCACUUCCAGAUGUUGGCCCUGUCCACGGACAUGACGGACAGGCGCAGUCGGCUCCUGGCUUCGCUGCCAGACCCGUCCGUCUUCCCUCGGGCCGUGGCUUCCGUGGCGGUCUCUGCCGCGGCCGGACUUCUCAUCGUGGCCGCUUUCUCCGCCUCGCUGUAUUCCGCACCAACGCUGCUCUCCGGGAGAAGAAACCAAAGCAAGAUCCGAAGGGACUAAGGCCGGUUUCGGAAAGAAAACGGGGCUUUACUGCUGUUGCUGGACAGGCAUCUGUUUGGAGGGCUUGGCUUGUGUCCUGCUGACACAACAGGGUUGGACUAGAUGGCCCCUGGGGGUCUCCUUUUGACCUUUAAGGAAAGAUGAACCAUACUGGAAGCAGCUCCUUAUUCCUGCUUGGAAGAGUUUGAAGAAUGGCUAAAAGAGACCUUUUCGGUACGGAUUUGGGCUCAGCCUUCUUUUCUUUGGCCUUGUUUGAGCCUGAAGCUGGACUGAAAGGAUGGACUUGGGCUUGACCACCGGAGUGCCUUCGUUGCGAUGCCAAGGGCUGCAAAUAUAAAGCCCAAGCGCUGGAUUUCGGCAUCGCAAAGGUUGAGUCUCCUUCUCCAAAAUCCUCGGGGCCCAAAGUGUUUUGGAUGACACUGUGUCACACUAUGAUUUGUGUUCCUGCGUUAUCAAUGUCGUUUCCUAACUGGUUCUAUGAUAAAAACUGUACAACUUAAUAAUAAUAAUAAUAAUAAUAAUAAUAAUAAUAAUAAUAACAACUUUAUGUUUAUACCCUGCCUCUAUCUCCCCAAAGGGGACUCAGGGCGGCUUACAUUGACCAAUAAAGUAAAUGACAAAAAAUUUAAUCAAAACACAGAUUAAAACAGAGAGGUUGUAAAAAUAGACUGAAUAAAGUGCACCAUAUAAAUAUUGUAAACACGAGGUGACUGAUAAAGUGCAGCAAAUUCUUGGAAGUGCAAAUUGGGAUGGGAAUAGACCCUGUGUCUAAAUCAAGCUGACAAAAGUUAAAAGUCCAAACUUGCAAUAAACUUGGUUACUACAAACAAA